AUGUUCUACAGCUGUACCGUAGUGGUUGUUCAGGAGGCCACCUGCGAGUUAAUCCACUGUCGUGACGAUGUCGAGGACUGGUGCCGCAAAUGUACAAGUUGUGCGGCUGUAAAGGGACCUCAAAUUCGUAGUAGAGGCGCAUUGAAAUUGUACAAUGUUGGUGCACCAUGGGAGAGGAUAGCCAUUGACGUUGCGGGGCCGUUUGCGGAAAGUGAAAGUGGUAACAAGUAUUUCAUGGUUGUGAUGGAUUACUUCACUAAGUGGCCAGAAGUCUUCGCCAUUCCAAAUCAAGCAGCUUCAACAGUUGCAGAUAAACUAGUUCAUGAAGUCUUCUGUCGUUUUGGAGUACCCUUAGAGAUUCACAGCGAUCAAGGAUUUUGA